UAAGUGUUGCGUUUUUGUGACACCGCGUAACAAAAAAGAACAAGUGAAUAACCUGAGCUCCCAUCUCCUCCAUGGUCAGAAGAGACGGGAACUAAUGACGAGAAGCUUUUUCCGAUUAGUAGCACGAGUACGACUUCCCCACCGAACGCCCAAACCCAUGACUAAGAACGACGACGUUUUCAUUAUUCAUCCCGUGCGGACGAUGGCGUCGUUUCACAGCCACUACCACAAUGCCUUCUAUCCCUCCGCCUCUCCACUACCAUCACUCAAAUCUUCCACCCUCUUCGGAUUCGAAGGGCAAAGGAGGAACAUGUUCAUCCAAACGCAGCCUACCCCGAAUCCUUUGUCUCUCAUGUUCUAUCCCGAGAAGCCUGUCAUGGAAGUUGGAAGCGCCGACUUCCCAAACACGCGUUCGGCUAUGAAUUCGCCUCUCGCUAAGUCACUCUUUAGAAUUGAUGGGAUUACUAGGGUUUUCUUCGGGUCUGAUUUUGUUACUUUGACGAAGUCGGAGGAAUCUUCUUGGGAGUUCCUGAAGCCUGAGAUAUUUGCGGCCAUUAUGGACUUCUAUUCCUCUGGGCAGCCGUUGUUUUUGGACUCUAAAGCUGCUGCAGCCAUGGAUACAGCUAUUCAAGAUGAUGAUUCGGCAACCGUUGCAAUGAUCAAGGAAUUGUUGGAGACUCGUAUUCGGCCGGCUGUGCAAGAUGAUGGUGGGGACAUUGAAUAUCGAGGUUUUGAUCCUGAUACUGGAAUGGUAAAACUUAGGAUGCAAGGAGCAUGUAGUGGGUGCCCAAGUUCAUCAGUGACUCUGAAAUCCGGCAUUGAAAAUAUGUUGAUGCAUUAUGUACCUGAGGUCAAAGGUGUUCAACAAGAACUAGAUGCUGAGGAUGAGGAAGCCGCAGUAAGUGGACAAAUGGAGUAGUAGAAGUGUAGAACUUGUUCGACAUUUAGUUUUUUUAGAUAGAUUGCGAGCUCAGCAAAGUCUUCGGUGUGCACACGGAAAUAAUUCCCCAAAUUGAUCUGCUUCCCAUAAUUAUUGGGCUUCCUUUUAAAUUAAGUCCAUUGAUAAAUUACAACCAUUGUUUACCUAUAUGUUCACACACAUUAUAUAUUGAUAUCAUAAUUUUGGUUGCUCUCGAUUCACACAAUCAAGGUUGUAAAUAGUGUUCAAGUGCUUAGGUAUUGUAGUAUUAUUACUUUAUUAGUCGAUGUCCUACUUUAUGCCUGACUAGUGCCUAAGACGGUUGAAUAAAUUGCAUAACAGAUUAACAGGUACCACUCAUGUAAUGUAAUAACAUCCGGUUUCUAUCUUUUGGUUGCUAA